AUGACCAACCAGUACGAUAUUCUCUUCAAACUAGAGCAAGUGGAUGCCUGGAUUUUGGCCUUUUCUCCAAAUUCCCAGGAUCUGGUCACAGGAACUCAUGUGGAAAGUGGAAAGAAAGCAUAUUCUUUGGACGCAAGAGGAAAGUUCAUUCUCAGUAUUACCUGUAGUGGUGAGGGGAAGUACCCGGCCAGUGGAGCCAUAGAUGGAAUCAUCAACAUUUUUGAUACUGCAACAGGGAAACUUCUGCAUAUGCUGGAAGCCCACGCCAUACCCAUCCUCUCCUUGACCUUUUCUCCAGACUCUCAGCUCCUUGUCGCUGCAUCAGAUGAUGGCUACAUCAAGAUCUGUGAUGUACAGCACGCCAAGCUGGCCAGGACGUUGAGCGGCCACGCCUCCUGGGUGCUGAGUGUUGCCUUCUGUCCUGAUGACACUCACUUAAUCUCCCAUUUAUCUGACAAAAGUGUGAAAGUCUGGGAUGUUGGAACAAGGACUUGUGUUCAUAUCUUCUUUGAUAACCAGGAUUAG